AUGGAGGCCAUAUUAAAUAAAAUCAUUUUCCAAUGCACAGCGUUUAAAAACAAACUGCCCGACUAUAUUCGAGCUCAAAACAUUACUUAUAUCAAAGAUAGAGAAGAUAUCCCAAUUGCAGAGAGAAUCAAAGUGGCUGAGGAGAAUUUGGAACAUUUUAACGACUACCAUGCGAAAGGUGAGGCAGUUAAAGGAGACUUGAACGACCUCCGCUUGGACUUGGACGCAUUGAUGCACGAAUUGAGUGAAGAAGUUAGGAAGUAUGAAGACAAAGAAGGAUCUUAUAACACAUUGAUAGACACACUGGUCUAUUUGGAACAAAAAAAGGCACAACAAGAAAAACAAAUUCUUCAAACCCAAAUUGAUGAAAUCGACAGCACUUUCCGAGUCAAAGAGAAGUCUUUAGAAACGAAGAAAAAGCAGAUUUCUAUCAACGGAACACUCGACGAAGAAGAAGUCAGUAAAAUCAAAGAGUGGAGUGGCAAGAAUGUGACGAAUGUCCUCUUCGAUUCAAACGUCGACGACUGGGGGACAAGUGCUGUUUUCAAUAGAAAAGUUGUUGGGCGUAAAGAAGUGGUCGUUGUCGUUGAAGACAUGAAAGGAAACAAAUUUGGGGGCGUCAUAUUUAAAACAAUUCAAGCGGAAGACUUGAACACGGCAGAUCCACAAGCAUUCGCGUUUGUAUUAAAAACUAAAGGAAAGAUCAAAGGAGCAUCUAAGUUCAAAAUAUUGGAGGCACAUACUAAUUAUGCUUUUGGAUGUUAUAAGGACGACCAUCCUCGACUCUUUUAUAUCACGAAUUGUAUAUUCGUGAUGAAAAGAGGAGAGGAGGGAAGUAAUUGCAUAUCAGGAAUCACUGAAAUCCCGGUCAAAACCAAUUUCUGUGGGGGAGUUAACUUCACUCCAAAAAGAAUUCUUGUCUUCCAACUCCAUUGA